AUGGCGACCCUCGCAUCGCACCUCGCGGCGGUGACAGCGCGUCCAUCGCACCGGCUCGUCGCCCGCUCCGCGUCGGCGCGUCACCGGGCGGUGACGCAUCGCCCGGUGACGACGGCGUCGUCGUCGUCAUCCGCCGACGCGGCCGAUGCGUCCACGUCGACGUCGGCCGCCGAGGCGUUGCUCCUCUCGAGACUCGAGUCCGUCUCCAAGACCCGCGGGGCUUCCGCGACCCCCGCGGACGAGCGCGCCAUCGCCGACGCCGUGACCGCGCUGGAACUCGCCGGGGGCUUGGAGCGACCCGCGACGCGCGAGGAGAUCACCGGCACGUGGCGCCUCCUCUACACGAGCAAGAGCGACUUCGACGCUCGGAACCCGCUGGGCUCGCGCGUCGACGGCACCGCGCCGGGCAUCGAGGGGUUCUUCACGUCCAUCUUCGGCGACGACGACGGGCGGAAGAUGGCGGAAGGGGUCCGGGGAAGCUCGUCCCCGAUCCAGCGCACCGUCACCUCGCUCGAGGCGUUCACCAUCCAGCAAGCCAUCCGCCUGGGAUCGCGAACGGGGAAAGACGACAGGGUGGACCAGGUGGUGCAGUUUGGCGAAAACGGACACCUCAGGCUCAGCGCCGCCGCGAGCGUCGACGCGGCGAGCUCCCCGAGCCGCAUAGAUUUCACCUUCGACCUGGCGUACUUCGAGAUUAAGGCGACGCCGCUCGGGCCGCUGCCCUUUGGACCCGUUCGACUGCCGUAUCCGGUGCCGUUUCGAAUCUUGGGCGACGAAGCCAAGGGGUGGCUCGACACGACGUACCUGGGCGAGAACGUGCGGAUAUCCAAGGGGAACAAGGGCACGACGUUCGUGCUGGUGAGGGAGGCGACGGACGGCACGGGGGUGCCGCUGCCGUACGAGUUUUAA